ACAGCAGGGGGCGGAGGGACGGAGGGAAGAUGGCGGCGGAGGCCGGAUAUUGGCGCCGCCUCCCACAAUCCUGGAGCCGGCGCAGAUGAGGCGGCUCGGCUGGGGCCAGCAGCGCUUCGGAAUACGAGCUGGGGGGACCCUGGUGGCGGGGCCUGGACCUGCUAUAUGCCGGCGCCUCGGCUAGAGUGAGCGGCGGAGGCGACACCUCUUUCCUGCGGCUCUCUCCCUGUCGCUGUGAGUCCGAGCGGGUGGCGGGCGGCGGAGUGGCGCGGCCGGGAUGGAGGACGUUAACUCCAACGUGAACGCGGACCAGGAGGUGCGGAAGCUGCAGGAGCUGGUGAAGAAGCUGGAGAAGCAGAAUGAACAGCUGAGGAGCCGCUCUGGGGCGGUGCAGAGCGCCGGCCCCCUCGGGCCCGGCAGCCCGGUUCGGGCCGGUGCGUCCACUCCCUCCUCCGGCACUGCGUCCCCUCGGGGCUUCCCCUUGGGCCUAAGCGCCAAGUCGGGCUGCGGGGCCGGCUCGGGCCCGAGGCGGACAAGUAGCGAGGAGCUGCGGGAUGCCUCCUCCUUGUUGGCGGCGGGCGAGGGCGGCUUGCUGGACGAGGUGGAGCCGCUGCGGCCCGAGGAGUUGGAGCGCUUGUCAGGCUGGGAGGAGGAGGAGGAGAGCUGGCUUUACACAUCACCAAAGAAAAAACUUACACCAAUGCAGAAAUCGGUUAGUCCAUUAGUUUGGUGCAGGCAAGUUUUGGAUUACCCAAGUCCUGAUGUUGAAUGUGCUAAAAAGUCUCUUAUCCACAAACUUGAUCAGACUAUGUCAGCUCUCAAGAGGCAGCAUUUAUAUAACAAUCCUUUCAACUCUGUGAGUUAUACAAGCCCGUACAGUCCAAAUGCAAGUAGCCCAUAUAGCAGUGGUUUUAAUUCUCCGUCCUCAACCCCAGUGCGACCUCCUAUAGUCAAACAACUUAUACUUCCUGGAAAUUCAGGUAAUUUGAGAAGUUCAUCAGACAGAAAUCCUCCACUCAGUCCUCAGUCCUCUAUAGACAGUGAGUUAAGUGCUUCAGAAUUAGAUGAAGACUCACUUGGAUCCAAUUAUAAGCUAAACGAUGUAACCGAUGUGCAGAUUCUAGCUCGGAUGCAGGAGGAAAGUCUCCGGCAAGAAUAUGCAGCUACCACAUCUCGGCGCAGUUCUGGUUCAUCUUGCAAUUCUACAAGACGGGGUGCUUUUAGUGAUCAGGAACUUGAUGCACAAAGUUUAGAUGAUGAAGAUGACAGUAUGCAUCAUGCAGUAUACCCUGCUGUUAACAGGUUUUCACCAUCACCACGCAAUUCACCUCGACCGUCACCUAAGCAGUCACCCAGAAAUUCACCUCGUUCACGAUCUCCUGCUCGGGGAAUGGAAUAUAGUAGAGUGUCCCCACAGCCUAUGAUUAGCCGCUUACAGCAACCUCGCCUUUCACUGCAAGGCCAUCCCGCAGAUUUACAGACAAGCAAUGUUAAAAAUGAAGAAAAACUGAGACGCAGUCUUCCAAACCUGUCCCGAACAUCUACCACACAAGUUGACUCAGUGAAAAGCAGUAGAAGUGAUUCAAAUUUUCAAGUGCCAAAUGGAGGAAUACCUCGCAUGCAACCUCAGGCUUCAGCCACUUCGCAAAGGCUGAAAAAUUUGCCUCGUACUUCCCUCAAAGCCAAACAGUUGCUUCAAACUUCAUCUACAAAAAGAGUACCUUCUCCAGGCAAAUUCCGCUCCCCUGCAGCACCAUCUCCUUUGGCUCUCCGGCAACCAGUGAAAGCAUUUAGUAACCAUGGCUCUGGCUCUCCUGGUAGCCAAGAAAUAACACAGCUCACACAAACCACCUCCUCACCUGGACCUCCCAUGGUUCAGAACACAGUCCCAGCAAAUCCUCCCAGCAAUAUCAACAGCGCUACUCUAACCAGACCUGCAGGGACAACUGUAAUGAGGAGUGGCUUGCCCAGACCCAGUGCCCCUUCUGCUGGGGGUAUACCAGUGCCUCGCAGCAAACUUGCACAGCCUGUUCGCAGAUCCUUGCCAGCUCCUAAAACCUAUGGUAGCAUGAAAGAUGACAGUUGGAAAGAUGGCUGUUAUUGACCAGCAAAGACAAGAAUGCAGAGGUCCACAGCUUCAUGGACAGCCCUUCACCAGGCUAAAGAACAACUUUUAUAUGCAGACUGUUCAGAUAAGACUCUUGGGGUUUAUAAAAUCCCAGCCCUCUCUGUCUUAAUUAGCACAAACUGACAGAGAUGAUCAAGCAGCACUUUAAUGACGUUUAACAUCAGAUAUGUUUGGUAAUCAUACAAUCACUCUCCAUGGAAUCAUUUUUAGUUUUGUUUAAUAGAAACCAAGUUGUUUUUUUAAUAUUUGACAGAGGCCAAUAUCUGGGCAAAAACCUAAUGGAUGCCAAAGAGAAAUGCCCAUUUGUAAAUGAGAGAGUACCUUUGUGCACAAGAAAAUGGUGAAUUCAGGCUGUCCAAAACCUCAUGGUCAACCUAAUUUACUGUAUAAAUAGUACCAAUAAAUACUUGUGUCAAUAAGAACUGAUACUCUGACUAAUUAUCUAAAGUGUUUCAUUAGUAUUUCUCUAAGCACUCCAGGAAACUAGAUUGAAAGAAGAAUAGGACUAGGGAUUUGAAGCAUGAUAUCUAAAUUUAGGAGAAUUCUAGAAAUCAUUUUUUGGAGAUUCAUUAGAAAAUAGUAUAAUAGAAAUGUCAUUUUGUUUAAUCUUAAGUUUUGGAUGUAGCUAACACAUUAGCACUACGAACAACAACAAAUAGCAUCACAGCGUGCAUCCAUCAUGUUGCAUUGACAUAUCGGACUUUUAUGUUUGUUUUGAUUGCCAAAAGGGCUUAAUAUCAGUUGUACAAUCUUUCUAAACUUUAUAAUUCCUGGCUCAGGAAAGAUGGCCUUUGCUAUUGAAGCCAACUUUUUCACAUGCUGUUAUCUAUUACAGAACUAAGAAAUCUUGUUUUUAUUAGCAGGCUUCCAGGAUGGGAAAGAGCAAGUAGUAUGUCUUUAUUCUUGAUACAGCAACACCCCAGUGUUCACAACCUGGAACAAAAGCAUACAGUGAGAGAGAGAGAGGGAAAAAAAUCUAUGCACUUAACCUACAAAAUCUCUGGUGACGACGGUUGUAUUGUUGAUAUUAAAUGACACAACGGUCUUUUGAGUGGUAGAAUAGAGCCUGCUGAAUCCUACUUAAGUUGAUCCACUUUAAACCGUAACUGUAUAAGACAUGUUUUAAAAAUACUGUCCCUUUUGACUUUGAUUUUGCCUUACACAUCAAUUUUUACAUUUUUGGCAACAAAUGAAACCUAUUACAUAUGACUAUAACUGUUAAAUACCUGCUCUCUAAUAGCUCUUAUAUAUACCGUUGAAAUCACUUAUUUUGGUUUUAUCAGACUUAUUACCAGACUAAACUUCUUCUGCAACAGGCUUCUCAUUUUUAAUAGUGAGGCCUGUUUUAAAUAUUUAACUUGAACAGCUCUAAAAUAUUGGAAAUUGGGUCACCUAAAAGAUUUUAGAGAUUUGAACAUAGCUCAUUUCCUGUUAAUCAAAAACAUGCUGUAAGUUGGCAAAAGAAAGUGAGAGAGGAAUGGAGGCUUGAUAUUCAGGAAAGCAUUGAGGUUCAUAGGCUGAGGUAAUGAUAAAACAUAUAGCCAAGACCCCCGUUCUGCCAUGACUGACACCAUGGAAAUACUUAUUAGCUUGACUAGUAGGGAGGCAUUCAGUUAGCACAAGCAGCUGGAGAUUUAAACUGCCAGUACUAAUGUAUUUUCAUGUAUAAUGCAAGGAAGAAAUUGAGGGUGAUGGGGUGGGUCAGGAAAGAUGGUACCAGAAUUCCACAUGAUGAUGAACUAAAAAGUGUUGCAUUUCAGAGGAAGAUCAAGAAAGCAUCUGCUUUGGGUGGGGAGGGUAUCUCAUGUAAAUCUAAGUAAGUGAAAGAAAGAACUAGCCACUGUCUAUUUUGAAAACCACAGAUACACAAAAUAGGUCUCAGUUUUCAGUGCAACACUGCAAAAAAAAAAAAAAAAAAUGCUGCAACCUAAUACUAUUAUGAAACAUCCAGUAGAUUUUUUAAGUUUAAUCAGUUUUAAAAGGAGUAUUCAGGUUAUUGAACUUUGUUUUUAAAUGGCUGCAUCAGAAAAAAAAAAAAAAUUUUUUUUUUAACUAAAAUAUUUCACCACUUGUUAAAAAUUUAUUUUGGACCUGAGUUUGGUAAAGUAUUAUUUUACCUGCUGUUGUACUACCACAGACUAUUGGCUUUCAGUUUCCUAAAGAGAAAAAUUGCCUUUUUACUAGGAAGCCUUUGUAUAUUGCCAAUUUUUCUGUUUGGGGAAAUCUAAGGAUUACUGUGGUUAGUCUUACAGAAGAAAUGUGGAUUUGAUAAACUAGUGCCUAUGAUUUUAACUUAUGUUUGAUAUAUAGUAGUAAGGGUUUUAUGAAUGUGGAUUAUUUUUUGUGCCAACAGCCCAGAAUUGUCACUUAUAUGUAAGCAGAAAGCUGUGAGCUCUGCUUCCAAAGUUAUUUAAUUUUCUCAGUGUUUGAAUGUUAUUUUUUGUAAGUGUGUUAAUAAAAGUGUAAAGAAUUGGAAAAAUAUAAAUAUUCUUAACUCAAGCUUUUGCUGGAUCAUUUUUCUACAAAACUUGUUUGUAUAAUACAAAACACUCUCUGAAGAGUUGACUUUUUUCAGUUUUCAUACCCUGGAAAUCACAUUUUGUAUAACUGGGGACCAUUCAUAAUUGUCAGAUACUUUUUAAAUUAUCUCAAUACAUCAUUUUUAUUAAAAAAAAAAAAAAUUUUUUUUUGAAAGAAAAUUAGAUACCUAUGUGGCCCCAGAUAUGUGUAUAACUCUAGAAUGAUCUAGACUAUGUAUGUUUAAAUUAACUUUUUAUUGAAUGUACAGGUGUCCAUUUUUGACAUUACGCAUGGUCCUUUUAGAUCACAUAAAGCUUGAUUUGCAAACAUUUCUACAGCCGAACUUGUAUAUGUGGUUUGCCUCCUUAAUAAACAGCCUGACCAUAAUGUUUAUUAUUAAAUUUAUAUUUGUUUUUCUAAGUGUUUUAUUAAUUUCUGGACGGGAAGAUUAUUUUUACCCCUCCCCCCAGUUGGUUUUAUAUGUGUCUUAGUUGAUUUUUUCAGCAUCCAGACUAAGUCAUAUUUCCCUUUCAGAUUUAGUCUUUGUGGGAUUGGACUGUAUCAUAUAUUCUGUCUGUCCUAGUUGUUUCAAAUGUGAAAUAGUUGGAGUAAAUGUAUAGUUUACUCCAAACUGGUUUGUUCCUGCAAUUUUUCCCCUGCUAUAAAUUGAUACCUAGUUAGAAAAAGUUAGCAUAUAUAAAAUGAGCAAAAAACAAUUACAUAAAAUUUCCAAAAGGGGAAAUUAAUACAUUUUUAAACCAAAUAUGAAUAGGUAAUUGUGUACAUCCUUUCCUUCACGGAUGGAAAAGUCAAGACUCGUACACUGUUGAAUUAGUUCCCCGUGCUCCUUUCGGAAGCAUUCGCCGUGCCCCAUAUUACAGAAUGAUAAAGCAUGUUGCUAGUCUCACUGCAAGGCAUUGAGAAAAUGACACUCUCAUAUUUGAGUUUUUCUCUCAAGCCAGCCGAAAAACCUUAAGAACCAUUUAAAAUUAAAUGCCAAUACACUUGUAAAUCCAUGAAUGAAAAGUUACCUAAACUUGUUAUUUAGUCAGUACAACAGGACCCUUAUGGAGGUCCUUGUGAAAUAUUUGCUAUCUCAAAGUUUAGCUUUGAGUUACAAAAGCAGAAUGAAAAGUAGAGAAAUUAAAUCCCAUGUGGAAGGAGGAUGUUCAUGUGUAUGUGAAGCCAAAAUUAGCAACCCAUAAUGUUUUUUAGAUGCAAGUCUGGGUAGCAUGAAUGGCACUCUGGUUACCACUUUAAAAUUGGAACAUGGACCUUACUUAAAACACCUUGGUUAAAUUUGUGUUAACUGGAUGCCAAUUUCAAACUGAUUCUUUAUCUACCCUGGGUAACCUUAAUGUUAUCUUUUUAAAGAGAAGAAGAAGAAAACAAAGUUAUUUCUUCUGGCUUUAAAAGCAAUAUAGAGAUACUCACUGCUUUAAAAAAUCAAAUAAAUAAAGAUGAAAAUGGUAGUUGCCUGCAAUCUGACCCCCCAGAAAUAAAUAUUUAAGUGUUAACCUAACAUGGUUAUAAAAUACUAAGUGGAAGGACAGAGUUCUCUUGUUUAAGGUGAGAAAAUGUUUUUCACUUACAGUGAUGACAUGAGUUUGCUUUUAAACAAAGGCGUACAUUAACUGUUACUGAAAGCAGGGCAUGCAUUGCAGAUAUUCCUGGUAAGACUAGCAUAUAUAUUGUUUAUAAUGUUUUUAUAAUGUUAAUUGGUUUUUCUUAUUAUAAAGAUUAUACAUGUAGAAAAUUUGAAAAAUAUAAGUUAUAAAGAAGAAAAACAAUCCCACAGGUAAUCAUACAUUUAAAUUUGAAGGUAUUUUCUUUGUUGUUGUUUUUAAUUUUCUUUAUGAAACCGAGAUCAUAAUUCACUCUUGACAGUGUCUUAAUUCAGAAGUCACAACAGCCGUGGUUUAGAUGGCUUUUAAUGCAAAAAGACAGUUCCAGAAAGAGCAUGCCAAUAUUAAUUCCAGAACAUUAUCUCACCUAUUUUUUUAUAUUUGUUGAUAUAGGAUUCUUUAUCAAUGCUAGAACUGCCUCAUACCCCAUCUACCAAGUCAUAAGUUGAUACUGUUGGUGGAAUACAAUGCCAGCUUAAAAAUAACCUUAAAUAACAGGCACAACCAAAUAAAGGGUGGAGACAGAUUAAAGGUGGUGGCUCUCAAACUUCAGAAUCACCUGAAGAGGUGUUACAACAGCCUUUUGUACCCCACCUCUGAGAACUCUGGUCCUAAGUUCAAAAAUUCUCGGGAUAGGAUUCCUCGGCAUAGGUCAGGUGGUCUCAUUGUUGCCUGGGGAUUGGGAUCAAACAAAAAACAGGAUGUUGUUUUUAGUCCCGUUGAGUUGAUUUCAGUUUCAACUUAUAGCAACCCCAUGUGGCAAAGUAGAACCAGCCCAUAGGAUUUUCUAGGCUAUCAUCUUUAUGGGAACAGAUCACCAGGUCCUUCUCCUAUGGAACCACGGGGUGGGUUCUAACUGCCACUCUUUCAGUUAGCAGCCAAGCACUUAACUGUUUCACCACCAGGGCUCCUUAAAAACAGGAUAACUCCCAGGAAAACCAUAUGGAUGGGAUGAGGGAAGACCAUUUUCCCUGAAGGUAGUAUUGAACACAAUGCCAGUUUUAAGACAAAGUAACCUUAAGUAACAGGCACAACCAAAUAAGGAUUUGAGAUAGAUUAGAGCAGAGGUUCUGAGGUCCUGGGCACAUAGAACAAUAAGUGCACACCACAGAUAUCUCAGUGCCAGUCAUAUAAAAUGGUUCUGUUUCGUGUCACUGGUCAUAUUUCCCUGGAGGAAACAUUUAUAAAGAGAUAGAAGGUCCUAAUCUUGAGCUCUUGGCUCAGUUUUUCAUGAUAGCAAGUAUUAUUCCUAUUCUUGGAUUCCACGAGGCACCUCAGUAUUACUGUAAAUUCACCUUAAUAUAUAUAUACAUAGGCCAUUUUAAGCUAGGAUUUUAUUAUUUGCAACCGGAAAGAAGAGUUCAUUUUUCAAAAACUUUUUUUUUUACUUUCAUGCAUAAAAUAUGUACAGAAAAACAUAGAAAACAAAUUUAGCUCAUUGAAUUAUCACUAAGUGACUACAUGUGUAACCACCAUGUAGACAAGAAGUAGAACAUUCACAGCAUCCGAAAAGCUCUAAUACUGCCUGCCAAUCAGUACUUUUUUCCUCCUCUCAACAGAUAAUAGCUAUCCUGUUUUUUUUUUUCCUGUUUUUGAACUUUAUAUAAAUGUAACUAUACAAUUUUUCUGCCUAUCUUCUGUUGAUCAGAAAAGGCUAAAAAUGGAGUUUCUUUCAGAUUCAAGCACUAAACAAAAAUAAGAUGUGUGAUUCACUCAUAUUAUUGAUGUCACUGUAGUUCCUUCUAAUUGCUAUAUUUUGAUGUAUAAAUACAUCACAAACCAUUCUACUGUUGAGGGACAUUUGAGUUUUCGGUUUGGGGCUCUUAAAAAUAAUGCUGCUUUGGGUGUAGUCAAGAUAGAGUAAGCCCUCUAAAGCCUAUUUCUCCCAUUGACAGCUAAAAGUUCUGAACAAAAUGCAAAAGGCAACUACCUGAGGACACUGGAAAGACAAAGAAAAGGAGGUGAAUUGGGGAAGGGCAUCAGAGCCUGAAGAAAAGCCCCAUAAAGUGAUGAAUUUCCCGUUUUUCUUCUCUCUUCUCCUUUGGCCCUGAGCCAUGGGAGGCCCCCAGCAGAAUUGUCACAGUGGUACCUCUGGUGGGUAAAACUCGGGAAAAAACCCUGUUUCUAGCCAAAAGAUCAGGAAAAGGGAUCCCUGGGAGCUAGAGAUUGUUGGGGGAAAUCUUUUUUAUUUUCUUUCUUAACAGCUUGCUAAGAGUAGGCUCCCAGCUAAGCCCCACUGGCAAAUGGUCCAGCAGUUAAAACUGAUGGAAAUCCUGUCUCUCUGGACAGAUGACAUGGUGGAAAGGACCCUUGCAAUCUGAAGAAUUGGGAGGAAAUUUCCCUUUUUUCUCUAUUUUCUCUACCCCCUUUGUCCUGAGUUGUGGGAACUGCACAGUAAAAAUGGUAAAGCUAGAAUUCUAAGAGAAACCCCAUAUUUCUGGCCAGGGGACUCAGAAAAGGACCUCUUGUGGGAUAAGGGGAGAACCCAGAGAGAGAAGAGAGCUGGAGAAGGGGAUCCCUUACUCAAUGAAUGAAUUAAUAGAAAUUCCAGGCCCACCCCUCAGCGUCACAUCAUCAGGAUAGACACAAAGUAGCACCGCAAAGACUUUUAAAACAGAACUACAGUUUAAACCACUGACCAAGCUAGAGGCUAACAACCGAGUGGUAUGUAUACAUGUAGACUGAUUCUAUAUAGCAUAAGCAGCUUUGCCAACUGAACUGACAUUGGCCCCAGCACCCAUAGAAGAUGGGACAGAAUUUGCAGUCUAAACUUAUUAUCUAGUCUGGUUGAUUGGCUGUUAAACAAAAAUCAACAUUUUUCAGAACAUUUUAACUGGACCUAGAGUCUACCAUAAUAUUCGAAAUGCCCAGCAUAUAAUCUAAAAUUACUCAACAUACAAAGAACCAGGAAAAUGAGACCAAUUCUCAAACAUAUGCACACACACACAAUAGAUGCCAACACUGAGGUGACCCAGAUUUUAGAAUUAUCAGAGAGACUUUAAGGCAGCUAUUAUAACUGUGGCACGAGAUCAAGAUACACAUACGCUCUUGAGAGGGAUGGAAAGAUAAACUAUUUUUUAAUAGAAAUUUUAGAACUGAAAAAAUAUUUGAAAUUUUAAAAUUAUUAGAUGGAUUCAAUAUAGAAUGAAGAUGACUGAAGAGUGAGUGAAGUUGGAGAUAAAUCAGUAGAAAGUAUUCAGUAUGGAGAAUAAAGACUUAAAAGAUUGAAGACUCAGCAGAACCUCAGGGACCUAAGGACCAGUAUGAAAGGGUCUAACAUUUGUGUCAUUCAAGUCCAGAGAGAAACUGGCUCUUGAAAAAAAAGUAUUUGUACUGUUUUUCAGUGUCUGUGGUGUAAAUAAUUCCACCACGGUCAUUCUGAAGCUAGUGGCAUUAUGUCAACAAAUGAAGAAUUGGAAAGAGAUGUGCAGAAUCAACUCUCGUGAGCUGGUACAAGCCAUUUCCAGCACACCACUGUUCGAAUCCCAGAAGAAAAGGAGAAAGGAAUGCUAAAAGAAGUUAGUUCUUCAGGCUGAAAGAAAAUAGUGCCAGAGAGAAACUCAGAACUUUAGGAAUGAAGAAAAAGUAAAAUAAAUGUAAAAUACCUGGGUAAAUGAAGAAGACAAUUUUCUCUUAAUUUCUUCAAAAUAUGUAUAACUGUUGAAAGCAAAAAUGAUAACAUUAUCAGAGGGAGUUUUGAAUAUAUUUAGAAGUAAUAAUAUAUGACAACUAUAGUAUUACCUCUUAAGUAGACUGAAAAGUUAGUUAUGUAUAUUGCAAAGCAUACAUAUAAAAAUAUACCCCAAAUCCAACUGUAUCAAUAAUUCCAUUAAAUGUAAACAGCCUAAACACAUAAAUUAAAAGACAGAUUGUCAGAUUGUAUAAAAAGACAAGACUCAACUAUAUGCUGUGUACCAGAAACAUACCUUCAAUAUAAAGACCUCAGUUAAACAUAAAAAGAUUUAAAAAAAAGAUAAACCAUACAAACAUCGAAGGAAAGCCAAAGUGGUUAUAUUAAUAUCAAAGUAGACUUCUGAACAUGGACUAUUCCAGUAAAGUCUAGUCCAGGCAAGUCUAGUCUAGUACCCCUUCCCAGACAAUGAAAGGAACUUAGUACUCUUUAACUCCCGACAUAUAUUCUAUUCUCAUGUAUUUAAAUUCAGAUUUUUUUAAUGUCAUAGACAUUAUUGUGAUGAUUUUUACAAUAUCUGUAUCCUUUGAAAUUUAUCAAAUUUGGGCUUGAUGUCUUUUAUCAGUAGGAAAAUUCUUGGCCAGUGUCUUCAGUAGGGAGUGCCUGGGGGGUACAAAUGGUUAAGUGCAUAGCUACUAACCAAAAGUUUGGCAGUUUGAACCCACCCAGAAGCACCUUGGAAUAAAGGCCUGAUGACCUGCCUCCAAAAGGUCACAGCCAUGAAAACCCAAUGGAGUGAAGUUCUACUCUGCAACACUUGGAGUCGUCAUGAGUUGGAAUCAACUGGAUGGAAACUCAUAGGGGUAUGUCUUCAAUUACUGCUUCUGCUCCAUUUUCUCUUCUCUCAUUCUGGUCCUCGAAUUACAUAUAUGUUAGAUUAUCUUUACUGUAUGUUCCUUACCCUUAUAUUUUUGUCCUUUUUCUAUGCUUCAUUCCAGAUAAUUUUUUCUACAGAUCUAUACCCUCAGGCUUUGCUUUCUAGUUUUCUGUCAGAGCUUCAGCGUUAGCUUCCUGUAACUUGUCCCUGGAGUUAGAUACAAUAAAAUAUUAUACAAAAGGAAUACAGCAGUAUAUAAAAAGUAUAAUACAUCACCACCAAGUGGAGGUUUUCCUUUGAAUGCAAGGUUGUAUUAACCUUUUAAAACCAAUAAAACUUACCAUAUUAAUAGGGUAAAGGAGAAAACCUGUAUGAUCAUUUCAGUGAGUGCAAAAAAAUUAACAAAAUUUCUGCAUCCUUUUAUUACAAAAGUUCUCAGCAAAAUAGAAACAAGCAAGCUUCCUCAGUUUCACAAAGGGCAUAUACAAAAACCCAGCGCUAACAGCCACCUUCACCAUUAUACCUCUUCUGUUCAACAUUGUACUGGAGGCUUUAGCCAUUGCAGUAAGACAAGAAGUAGUAAAAGAUGGCACGAUCGUAUACCUAGAUAUCCUGAGGACUCUUCUAGAUCUCUACUAGAACUAAUAAGUAAAUUUAACAAGAUUGCAGAAUACAAGAUUAAUAUAGAAAAAGCUAUUUUAAUACACUAAUGGGAAACAAUUAGAAAUGGAAUUUUCAAAAUUUCAAGUUAUAAUUAUGUCAAAUAUACUAAAUGAAUUUAACAAAAUAUGGGUAGAUUUUUACCCAGAAAACUACAAAAUGUUGCUGAGAAAAAGAUUUCAAUGGAUGGAGAAAUAUACCAUGUUCAUGGAUCAAAAGCCUCAAUAUCGUUAAAUGUCAUUUCUCCCCAUUUUCAUCUACAGAUUCAGGCAAUACAAAAUUGCAGCAGACUUUACUGUGGAAAUAACAAGCUGAUUUCAAAAUUUAACUAAAAAUUUUAUAUGGUAAUACAGAAGACCUAGAAUAUCCAAAGCAAUUUUGAAAAAGAAAAAUAAAAUAGGACCAACAGUACUUAAUUUCAAGACUUACUGUAAGGCUACAGAAAUUAAGAUAAUAUGGUACUAGCAUAAGCACCAACUAAUACAUCAAUGAAAGAGAAUAAAGAGUCUGGAUAUAAACCCACAUUUAACACAGUCAUUUGGUAUUGACAAAGAUAACAAAAGCAAUCCAACGAGGAAAGGGCAAUCUUUUUCACAAAUGAUACUAGAACAAUGGGAUACUGAUAUUUAAAAACAAAAAAAAAAAAAACC